GCCAAAGGUGAACCGGAGCGAAAGAUGGCAACUGUACAGCCCAGCUGGACGUACAGACAUUGGCCGAGCGAAUCGGAGUCCGCGCAUGAGACGGAGCUGGUGGAGGAGGUGGAGUCCGGGACUCGGACGAAGCGGACUCGCAUGACGACCGCCUGCCAGAGCCCGGGUCUGGCGCCGGGCGUCUGGCGCAGUCGUCACGACGACGAGCCGAUUAGGCAGGCCCGAGCGACAGGCCUGGCGACGCCGUGUCCCGGCCGUGACGGCGCACCGGGACUCGGUCAAACGCCGAGUCCGUUGGCAGGUCCGGACCUGCCGACGGGGCUACGGAAUCUGGGCGUCUCGUCGCAGAGUCUGGACCAGUUGUCGUUGGCCAUUUCGCUGAUUGUGCCCACCGCCUUCCCGAUCGACCGAGGCUCGCCGUCGCCGUCGACGCCAACACCAACGUCGACGCAAACGGUGAGUCAGUAUCCCGCGGCGGCGGAUUCGGAGCCGCGACAGACCGGCCGAGCCUCGGCGCCCGGUCUGCGAACCGGCGUCACAUGCCUUCCCGCCACGUUCGCCUCGUCGUUGCUGGCCUCGCUGUCGCCGUCGCCGUCGCCGUCGCCGUCGCUUUUGCCCUCGUUGCCAGCGCCCCUCUCAGGUGGGUGGAAAGCGUCUGAAAAUUGUCUAAAAGGAGGCAUAGCCGAGGAAAGCGCUAGUAUUCCUUUAUGCAUCGUCUUGACGUUCCAAUCGCUCAGUAAUUUGCCGAUGAUGGUGAGCGGAGGUCUUGUUUGUAAAAUGCCACAGCAACAAGCCCAAGGCAACCCUUCCUCGGUAUCCGAUGCGGCCAAUUUGCGAAUCCCUUCCACCCGCCUUCUCAAAACGAAAUGA